AUGAUGGUUUUCCUUUGGCUUUCUGGAUCCUGUGGAGAGAUUGUGAUGACUCAGACCUCAGGAUCCUGUGGAGAGAUUGUGAUGACUCAGACUCCGGAUUCUAUCUCUGUGUCCCCGGGACAGACAAUCACCAUCACAUGUACAUCUAAUAAUUACAUUGGGCUUGCAAUAGCCUGGUACCAACAGAAGCCCCACCAACCUCCAAAGCUUCUUAUAGAUGGUGCACGCGAUCGUGCAUCUGGGAUCCCGGACAGGUUCAAGGGUUCAGGAUCUGGAUCUGAAUUUGAAUUAACUAUUACUGGAGCAACUGAAGAUGAUGAAGGGAAAUAUUACUGUCAGCAGUAUUGGAACACACCUCUCACACAGUGA